AUGGAGGGGGCCAGAGUCCGGCGUAUUGCUUUGGGACUUUUAUUUUCAAUAUGUGUAAUUACGAUUCUGUUGGCGACUUUAGUUGAGAGCGCAUGGUCACUGAACGAAAUUGAUGAAAUUAACAGUAAUGGUGCUAUUACUACAGUACACAAACCUGGAUAUUGUGUUAUGCGUGGAGAGUGUGGCCCAAAAACUAUGUUCGGUAAAAGUUUGAAUUGUCCGUUUAAUGAACCGGCUGUAAAGCCUGAUACUGAAUUACGCGAAAAACUUGUUUCGAUAUGCGGCGCAGAAUUCAACUCGCUAACAUGUUGUGACGCCGAUCAACUUAACACGCUCUACGAAAGUACAAAACAAGCAGAGACACUAAUAAGUUCAUGUCCAGCAUGUUGGAAGAAUUUCCUAAAAUUUUUCUGCACGUUUACUUGUUCACCGAAUCAAUCGACCUUCGUCAACGUCACAUCAACCAGUAUUUCGAAAACCGGUCAAGAGAUUGUGACGAGCGUAGACUUUUUCGUGGGGGAGAAUCAAGGCACUGGGUUCUAUGACUCGUGUAAAGACAUAAAAUUCACAGCAACGAACGGAUACGUGAUGGAUCUUAUUGGCGGGGGUGCGAAAAAUUAUCACGAUUUUUUUGUCUUUUUGGGUCAGGAGAGACCGCCGCUCGGGUCACCGUUUCAGAUUAAUUUUCCGCUAAUAGAUCCAACUGGGGAAAUGACACCAUUUGAUGAACCGGCGAAACGAUGUAAUGAUACAGAUAUUAAUUACAGAUGUUCAUGCGUCGAUUGUCAGCCUGUUUGUCCCAUAUUGGAUCCAACCCCAAGCGAAAAGGCUGCUUGUCAAAUUAGAUCACUUAGUUGUUUAUCAUUUAUCUUGAUCCUUAUCUAUGUUUCAAUAAUUGCUUCUAUUAUUGGUGCGUAUGCAUUGAAACGACAUAGAGAUAAUAGAGUGGAUAGAACUGAGUACGAACCUUUGGCACUUAAUGGGAUUGAAAAUGAACAAGCAAACAGACAUAAUAAAAGUUAUUGGCUUAAUGCAAAUUUACAAGACUAUUUCUAUCAACUAGGAUACAUCUGCGCGAAGAAUCCAUGGAAAACUAUAAUGAUAUGCACAUUAACUGUGUGUGUUGCGUCACUUGGUUGGUCACAGUUUGCCGUCGAAACGGAUCCAGUAAGAUUAUGGGUCGCGCCGAAUUCCGAAUCAGCACAACAAAAAGAAUUUUUUGACAAGAAUUUCGGUCCAUUCUAUCGUACGCAGCAAAUAUUCAUCACUAGUUCCGAUCCUGAUAAUCAAAGUGUCGUCAAUUAUAAAACACUGAAAACUUUAUUUAUUAUGGAACAAGAAAUUCGUAAUUUGAAAUCCCCGAAAAAUAAUUACAAAUUACAGGAUCUUUGUUUUCAUCCAAACGGAGAUGCUUGUAUUGUACAAUCUCUCGCAGGAUAUUGGAACUCAGAUAUUGAUGAGUUAGACGAGGAUACAUGGAAAGAACAUUUGGAGAGUUGUGCUGCUCAGCCUAUAUUUUGUCUACCGGAUUUCCAACAACCGUUGAAACCCGAUAUGAUUUUAGGUGGAUUUGAAGAUGAAAAUUAUUUCGAUGCGAAAGCAAUGGUUAUUACGCUUGUCCUGAAUAAUUAUAUCGAAGGGGAAAAAAUAGCCAAGGCUCAAGAGUGGGAAGCCGCUCUUCGAGAAUAUUUGGAUAAAAUAAUCAAAGGGGAUAAUAAACAUAUUGAUGUAUCGCAGUUAAAAAUCAGUUUUUCGACCGAGAGUUCCCUCGAAAUAGAAUUGAACAAAUCGACAAACACAGAUAUAUACACAAUAGUUAUCUCGUAUAUAGUCAUGUUCUUUUACGCAUCAAUCGCAUUAGGACACCUUACUGCACUUCCACGCACAAUAAUCGACUCUAAAUUUUCACUAGGAAUUGCCGGGAUUCUUAUAGUGUUAGCCUCUGUUUCGACAUCAGUCGGAAUUUUUUCCUUCUUGGGUAUAAAAGUCACACUAAUUAUCGCCGAAGUGAUUCCGUUUUUGGUACUCGCUGUAGGCGUCGACAACAUCUUUAUCUUAAAUCAUGAAUUUGAACGACACCCUAUGAAAUCAAUGGGCGGCAAAUCUGUUGAAGAACGUGUCGCCAAAACAUUAGGCAAAAUGGGACCAAGUAUAUUACUUAGUGCGUUAAGUGAAACAAUUGCGUUCGGUCUUGGGGGAAUUGUCACAAUGCCGGCUGUAAAGAAUUUUGCUUUGUAUGCAGCGUUGGCGGUGUGGGUGGAUUUUUUGUUGCAGGUUACUGCGUUUGUGGCGUUUUUGGCAUUGGAUGCUAAAAGGCAAGAGGAAGAUCGAAUUGAUUGUUUCUCGUGCGUUAAAAUUAAAGAUGCACCAAAACGAAUUCAUCGUGAGGGAGUUUUACAAAAAUGGACGCGAAAGUAUUAUGCACCUGUUUUGCUGAAUAAAAAAGUUAAAAUUGCGGUGAUUACAAUUUUCCUCGGUGUUUUUAUGUUCUCCUUGGGACUCGUGCCGAAAAUUGAAUUAGGCUUAGAUCAACGGAUUGCCCUUCCAAGUGAUUCAUACUUGGUAGAUUAUUUCAAUGCAUUGGAUGACUAUUUCCGUGUAGGACCACCAGUCUAUUUUGUCGCCACCGAUGUAAAUGUCACCACUCGUCCGGGACAACAGUCAUUAUGUGGUCGAUUCAGUACCUGCUCAGCAUUAUCACUAGCAAAUGUGCUAGAACAGGAACGAAAACGGCCUAAAGUAUCAUACAUUGGAGAACCAACAGCUGUAUGGAUCGAUGAUUUCUUCCAUUGGUUAAAUCCAACACUUGAUCAAUGUUGUCGAAUAAGGGAAAACAAUGGCAAAACCGAAAUAUGUACACCACUAGACGAUCCAGAUGAAUGCAAAGUGUGUUUUGAAGAUAGAGAUCCCAAAUGGAAUAUUACAAUGGAUGGAUUACCCGAAGACGAGGAAUUUAUUUCUUACCUGAAACUUUGGCUUCAGGCCUCGCCUGACGAGCUGUGUCCCUUGGCCGGAAAAGCAGCAUACGGUGAUGCCAUUAAAAUAGAUCAAGAAAAUGCAACAAUCAUCGCAAGUCAUUUCCGCACUUUUCAUACACCACUUAAGAGCCAACGAGAUUACAUUGCUGCUUAUGAUUCAGCACAUCGUAUCAGUAAUAUGAUUCAAUCACGUAAUAAUGGAAUCAAAGUUUUCCCAUACUCUAUAUUCUAUAUAUUUUUCGAACAAUACGCUCAUAUAAUUAAAUUAACAAUGGAGACUUUAAUUUUGGCGUUCUUUUCGAUAUUAAUCGUGACCACUACAUUGUUGGGAAGCUUCUGGACUGGACUAUUGGUAAUGCUUCAUGUAGUGAUGAUUGUCGUGAAUUUAUUGGGUGCGAUGGCGUUAUGGAACGUAUCUUUGAACGCGAUUAGCCUCGUAAAUUUGGUGAUCUGUGUUGGAAUCGGCGUGGAAUUUUGUGUUCAUAUUGCACGCGCGUUUGUAAUUGGUGGAUCCGGGGACGAUAGAGACGCACGUGCUGAACGAGCUAUUGUUGACGUUGGCAGUUCAGUGUUUUCCGGAAUCACAUUGACAAAGUUCUUUGGAAUUUUAGUGUUGGCGUUUACUCGAAGCAAAAUCUUUGAAGUUUAUUAUUUCCGUAUGUAUGUUGCGAUGGUGAUUUCUGGCGCUUUGCAUGGUUUAAUAUUGUUGCCGGUGGUCUUGAGUUUGAUCGGUGGUGAAGGAAUUGAAAAUGAUGGCGAGAAUUUUGAUUAUAAUUUGUUUGAGGAUGAUGAUGCGGGUAAUAGACCGAAUAGACGUGAGAAUAAUGAUAGCAUACACUCAACUUCAACUCUCAUGCUUCUCGGACCUUUGCGUCAUAAAUGCGCUGAUAUUUCUAUAAAAUUUAGUCUCUCAAUAAAAAGCGGUGGUAAGAAAUCAACAGCAGCAACAUUUCUUAUCCGUCGUAGUUCCUCCAAAAGUUCUCAAUCUCCCAAAAAAGAUGGUGCAAAAUUAUCAUCAGUAUCCUCAUCAAAUCUAAUAAAAUCACCACUGGAUGAUAAUACUAUCUCAUUAGUUAACAUCAACAAUAUCAACACGACCAAACUUGAAAACUCGACUAAUGUAAUAACACCAAAAACGCUGCUCGAAAGUCCACUAAAAUACCGACGAAAUGAACCCUGGUCUUCAUUUGAGGAAAAAAUUCUAGAAAUUCUCGUGGAGAAACACAAAAAAAAUUGGAUAUUAAUUUCGAAUAUGCAGUUAGGGAGGACACCAUACGAUUGCAAACAAAAGUACAAGGAAUUACAAGAACGUCGGAAGCAAAAAAAAGAUGCCGUAAAAGUAGCUCGUUUCGGUAUGUUUAGCUCUGCUGAGUCAGUGACUAUGGAAAAGAAAAGAAUGAAGGACUGGAGUAUCGAAGAAAUCGAACAAUUAGAUCGAUUGAUUUCAAAUUAUGGGCGAAGAUGGAAAAAGAUUCAUAAAAUGUUCACGAAUAGGAGUUUACAAGCAAUUCAAACAAAGGCAAGGAAAAGUAUGAGAAUGUUUCCUUCGAUGCUACAAGAUCCGUCGCGUCAUGGAAAGCGAUGGACCGAGCAAGAGAUAGAAAUGCUUAAUAAUCUUGUUGAUCAAUAUGGUAAUAAUCCGGAGAUUAUAGCCGAAAAUAUUCCUGGGAGGUCAGUCUCUGCAGUUGCAGAGUUUAUGAAGGACAAUUAUUAUAAAUUGCCUGUCGCAAGAGUAUAUCGCUCUUUGUUUCAAUUGACGUCUCGUGUUCCAUUUACAGAUGAAGCCAUUAGAGAUCUUUUUGAAAUAGUUAAAAUUAUCGGUUUCGAUGCUAAAAAAAUCUCUAGAUAUUUUUUUUGGCUAUCAAAAGAACGAUGUCAAGAUAUCCUGAAUUUGAACGUAAUGAAAUUGUUUAAACGUUUGGACUAUAGUAAAUUUAAACAGCUCGCAAAAAUUGAUGAAGACUGGAAGGUAUUGAUUGUAAGAUGGUUUGGCCCACGUUUUUCUAAUCGCCAGGCGAUAAAUCUAUUAAACAAAACUGAAACUUUUCUGUCUUGGACUACAAAUGAAAUUGAACUACUCGAAUAUCUUAUAGGAAGGUAUGGAACUAACUGGAAUAAAAUAGAAAAACAUAUGCCCUGGCGGAAAUUCGACGAUAAUGCCAAAUUUACGUCAACGAAACUAUUAAAAGAUUCGCCUGUAACUCACGAGGUUAUAACUUGGACAGACUCGGAAAAGAAAAACAUUCAAGUCUUUUUUGAAAAUUAUGGCGACAAUUGGAAUCAAAUUCUAAAAGGAUUUUGGUGGCGAAAACUAUUCGAUAUUAAAGAUUUUCUGUUGGGUCCUUUCGAUUCAUUAAUUCAUAAUGAUUCAAAGGAAUUAUUACGGUUAAAAGCAAGAAACUCAUCUUGGACCGAAGAAGAAAUAGAAAAACUACUUUCUUUAACUCGUCUUUAUGGAUUAGAUUGGGAGGCAAUUUCACAAAGCAUGCGUCAAAGAACGCCAAAUCAAUGCCAAUUAUUUUAUCUAUGCCGAACACUUUCAAUAAAAAACACGAAACCAGUCUGGACUAGGGCAGAAUCUUUUCUAUUAUUGAGAUUAGUAGAUGAAUAUGGAUUCAAUUGGGGUAUAAUCAAGGAACAUUUCAUGCGAAAAACUGCUGAAAAUUGUGCGCUGAAGUUCAUUCAAAUUCACAAGCGGAAAUUUAACAAAUUCAUACAAGCACCAACAUGGCCUAAAGGCACGAUAGACAAAAUCAAUGAAUUCGUAGAAAGGGAGGGAGAUGUUGAUUGGCAAGAAAUUGGAAAACUAAUCGGCAAGAAGGAUAUAGUUGUCCAUGCGUAUGUAGAAACACAUCUGGUUAAGUUCCCAAAAAUUGCUUAUUACCUGCAGAAAUACCCCGAUAUCCGGUCAAACAUUAAUGUUACAGCAAAGCCAAAAAUUCCCGGGUUAUUAUUAUGGCAACAACGGCACACUCGUAAGAAAUGGACACCCGAUGAAAGUACGUACUUUGAGAAGCUGCUUGAUACUUAUGGGAAAAAUUGGGAUUUGAUCUGUCGGAAAAUAACCAAUCGUACUUACAGCUCAUUGUGCAAAAAGUUAAUUAAGGACCCUCGAUUCCAUAAAUAUCGAGGACCGUUACAUAGACAGUCAUCAUGGUCGAAUUUGGAAGUGCUAAAAUUGUUUGCGUUAAGACGUCAUAACGUGGACUAUCGUUCUAUUGCCAUGUAUUUACAUAAUAAGAGAACUCCCGGUGCAUGUUAUAAAAAGCUUUACAAGAUGCAAAAGAAAAUAGAAAAAGGAAAUAAAUUUGAUUUAAUAUAG